AUGCUUGUCUUGAACCUGACAGAAUUGAACCGGUCUGAUAUCUGUGAGCAUUUCUCCUGUCCAGAGAGAUCUGUAUCUCCUGCAGUUUAUAUCUUACUGUACGUGUGUUCAGCUGCUGUGGUUCUUCUAACAGUGUGUGGAAAUAUGCUCAUCAUCAUCUCUGUUCUUCACUUCAAGCAGCUUCACACUCCGACCAACAUCCUCGUUCUCUCUCUGGCCGUGUCGGAUUUCCUCAUCGGUGCUUUAGUGAUGCCCCCGAUGUUAAUCUCAGCCAUCGAGUCAUGCUGGAUCUUUGAUAAAGGCUACUGCAUCAGUUUUUUGGUAACUGCUUAUUUUCUCGCCAGUUUUUCCAUCUACAAUGUUGCUCUGAUUGCUGUGGAUCGCUAUCUGGCUCUUUCAAACCCUUUUCUCUACACUAAGAAUAUCUCUAGAAGGACCAUGAGCAUUGUGGUGGUUUUCAACUGGUUUUGUUCUCUGUUGUAUAACAUUUUACUCUGUUAUUUCAAUGGAAGCUUCACAAGUUCUAUAAUGUGUCCUGGGGAGUGUUUUCUUUUACUAAAUGAGGUUGGGGCUGUAAUUGAUCUUAUAAUAACAUUUAUAUUUCCAUGUUCCAUAAUAAUCAUAUUGUAUAUUGGAGUUUUUCUGAUCGCUAAGAAACACGCCACUGCUAUCAGAGAGCUUAAUAAUCACACACGACCUCAAACACAGAAAAUCACCUCCCACUCCAUGAAAUCUGAGAGAAAAGCAGCCAAAGUCCUCGGUAUUUUAGUGGCCGUGUUUAUAGUGUGUUUACUGCCAUAUUUUAUUUAUAGUUUAUUAGCUGAUGUUAUUAGAAUGCAGGCAGACACCUUUAUGAAAGUCUUUAUGGUGCUUUGUCUGAAUUCCACCAUUAAUCCAAUUAUUUAUGCUUUAUUUUACCCGUGGUUUAGGAGGUGCGUUAAAUUAAUCAUAACUGUAUUACUUAUAACUAAAUAUUCCAAAAAGACUCAGUUAAUAAAUGUUCUUUCAUGA